GUUCUUCUCAGUUUUCUCUCUCCUAGGUAAGAAAAUCAAGAAAGCUUGUAACUUCACAACUAGCUGUCAAAAUCCUCUUAAAUUUGGGGGUUUUUGUACCCUCCCAAGGGACUAUCUAUGCCCAAGAAUACAACUCAAUUGGACUCCUACAGACCUGACCGCAUCUCUUUUUGCCCAGCUAUAUUACAGGUGUCUCUCUCCUAUCAGAUUGGGUUUUUGGUUGAUUUUGCUCCUGUAUGGGUAUUGUAUCCUUGGGGGUUUAUUUGAUGGUCUUUUUUCUUUGUUUCAUAAUCUUAUUUGUAUUGUUUGGGGUUAUAAACUGCUAGGGUAGUUUCUUGUAAUCUAUUCCUGCAUUAGUACCCUUAUGGUAUUAAACCAGAGGUUUGGUUGAAGAGAUAUGGUCAGAGAGGAGAGUGCCCUUAUGGUAUUGAAGCAAUUGUUUAGCUUGAAAAAAAAGAGAAAUUUAACGCGCCACCCCAUGGAGAAUGCCACAAUUAUAAGACCACUGCCUCUGUUUCACCAAAUUAUACUCAAACCCCUUACCGUCAGUCAAUGUUAAGUGUAGAGUUAAAAUAACCAUUAUACCCUUAACAUUAAAAAACUCUUUGUUUUAACCAAUAUACCAUCCACGUCCCUUCCAAUCUCUCCUCCUUCGCUUUCCUCGAACAACUUAUUAUCUGCGACGCUAACCUCAUCGAAACUAUCCCCAUUGACAUUGGAGACUACCCUUCGCUCACAGUCCUUGACCUCAUCUCCAACAGUCUCGUGGGUAGCAUUCCUACAAGUAUUGGUAAGCUCAGGAACCUCCAAGACUUAAUCUUGAACUCCAACCAGCUCACAGGCAAGAUUCCAGCUGAGAAGGGAGCAGUCAGGCUUCGAAGGAACUUCUCUCAUGUCAGUCAGUGAAAUCGCUUGCACUUAUGCUGCUUUGCUCCUCCAUGAUGAUGGGAUUUUCGUCACGGCAGAAAAGAUUGCAACCAUGGUGAAAGCUGUGAAUGUGGCGGUUGAAUCAUGUUGGCCUAGCUUAUUUGCUAAACUGGUAGAGAAGAGGAAUAUUGAAGACCUUAUUACGAAUGUGGGUUCCAGUGGUGGUGCUGCUGCCGCCAUUGCUAUUGUUGCCCCAACUGGAGGCGCAAGUGCUGGUGCUACCACAGCUGCUCCUGUAGUGGAGGAGAAGAAGGAAGAGCCCAAGGAAGAAAGUGAUGAUGAUAUGGGAUUCAGCUUAUUCAAUUAGGAGCUCCUUUCAAUUAUACAGUUUCCUUUUAGGAAUUUUUUAUGCUAGUAUUUAGAUGCUAUUCUUAACUCUGAAUCAAAGAAAAUUACUGAAGUCGGAUAUUCUGAAGCUUUUUUUCUUGUGUUGAAUUGUUUGAUUUUAAAGAUUAUGUAAGUCUCUUUAAAAUAAAUCCAAUGGUUUUUGGGGUUUUAUUAAAAAAAAAUCAUCCAAAAAAAAAAAUUCUAGCGGAGAUUGGGAACUGCAUUAGCCUUUAAAAUCUUCUUCUCUUAGAUAACUGUCUUGGGAGUUCUCUACCAUCGGAGCUUGGAAAACUAUCUAGCCUAGAAGUCCUUAGUGCCGGAGGGAACAAAGAUGUCGUCAAAAAAAUCCCAAAUGAAAUUGGUGACUGUGGAAACCUAACUAUAUUGGGUCUCACAGACACCCAUAUUUCUAGGUUGUUGCCUGCUUCAUUGGGUAAGCUCAGCAAGCUCUAUACUCUCUUUGUUCAUACUGUAAUGGUUUAUAAUGUUUAUUAACCAUUAUACCCUCAGGUGCUUCGGGUUGCCGUUCGUCGCUGAUGCCGCUGCCACUGCUAUGAACGAUUGUCGGUGGUCCAAUAACGGCUAUUUGAGAGAAAGAUAAAUUAGGUCUUGGAAUGGGUCCAAAACCUAUCGAUUUGGGUAAAGAAAUAUUAACUUAUGGUAAGGGUAUUUUUGGU